AGAAGAGAAAACAAAUUUCUAUUUCUCUUUCAAUCCACGUUGGCUAUCAAACAGCUGGAGCGAUUUAAAGCCAGGCGACGAGGGACGAAAGUUAUCGUACUCCCUACAAUUCUGUUUAAAUAAACAGGGAAAUACGUAUAUAAUAAUAUGAAUGGUAGGCGUACUUAAUACAAAUUGUUACAUGCAGUCGGCAAGCAGGCUAUCCUGAAAACCAUACAUACAUCAAGGAAAUGGUGGAGAAUGAAUCAAUGUCUUCAUUGAAUAAUGUUCACGAAACUCGAGGAUAGAAACAAUUUCCGAGGAUAAAAAUAAGUUUGGGACUAAUUUUUUUACUCUAUACGCAAUUCCUCCUCAUAUUUAUAGCGGCAGAUCUCUCUAUACCAAAUCUAAUUGCAGAGCUAAAUUUCUUAAGUCGGAUUUAUAGCUUGGACUGGAGAAAUCGUCGGGAAUGGAUCGUUGUAAGGAGCCGCUGUUAAGCAACGGCGUCAAAUACUACGAUGACUGCCCCGGCUGUAAAGUGGACCUGCGUAAAGCUACGCAUAAGGGCUAUCCUAUCAAAGAAUUGAGCCUUGUCGCCUUGCUUGUUCUCUGCAAUUCACUUCCGAUAUCGUCCUUGUUCCCGUUUCUUUAUUUUAUGGUACGAGAUUUUCAUAUUGGAAAGACAGAAGAUAUUGGAUACUAUGCAGGCUAUAUUGGAUCAUCGUUCAUGUUUGGGCGAUUUUUGACCUCUGCUCUUUGGGGGAUGGCUUCAGACAAAUAUGGACGCAAACCUGUUAUGCUUAUUGGUGUUGCUUCCGUAAUUAUAUUCAAUACACUAUUUGGAGUGAGCGUUAAUUUUUGGAUGGCUAUUUCAACACGAUUUCUUCUUGGAAGCUUCAAUGGAAUGCUUGGCCCAGUAAAGGCAUAUUCAUCAGAAGUUUGCAGAGAAGAACAUCAAGCUUUGGGUUUAUCUAUUGUUGGUACAAUGUGGGGGAUAGGUUUGAUCAUUGGUCCAGCAUUAGGAGGUUUUUUUGCUCAGCCAGCAGACAAAUAUCCAAACAUAUUCUCAAAGAAAUCUUUAUUUGGAAGGUUCCCAUAUCUUUUGCCAUGUCUUUGUAUCUCAGUCAUUGCAGUUAUAGUUUUUGUAUCUACAUUUUGGCUCCCAGAAACACUUCAUAAGCACCCUUUGGAAGGUGAGGAAAAAGGCCAUUAUGAUCCAGAGAUUGGUUCAAAAGGCGAGUCUCAUCAAGCAAAUAAUAAAGAAGAAACUACCAAAAAGAAUCAAGUACAGAAGAAAUCACUACUUAAGAGCUGGCCAGUAAUGUCAUCAAUUAUUGUUUAUUGUGUUUUCUCUCUGCAUGAUAUUGCAUAUUCAGAGAUAUUUUCCCUUUGGGCUGUAAGCCCUAAAGAAUAUGGAGGAUUGAGCUUUACUACUAGUGAUGUUGGAGUAGUUUUGGCAAUCACAGGUGUUGGGCUACUGAUAUUCCAACUUUUUAUCUUCCCACCACUGGCAAAUCUUGUUGGAGCUAUUCUUGUAACCCGUAUAUCAGCAUUGUUGACCAUACCAGUACUGACAAUCUACCCAUUUCUUGCCAUGCUGUCUGGCAUUUUUCUAUGGUUGGCGCUUAAUUCUGCAUCUUUAAUAAAAAAUAUACUCGGUACAUCGGUUGUUACGGGAACGUUCCUUAUGCUGAAUAAUGCUGUGUCUCAAGAUCAAAGAGGGGCAGCUAAUGGACUUGCCAUGACUGGAAUGUCUCUUUUCAAAACCUUAGGUCCGGCAGGAGGAGGUUCACUCUUUGCAUGGGCACAAAAGCGUCAAAAUGCAUCUUUCCUUCCAGGUGAUCAUAUGGUCUUCUUUAUGUUAAACUUUAUCCUUGUGAUAGUAGUUAUGAUGACAUUUGAACCUUUCCUACCACGAUCGACUAAUAGACCACAGCGGGAAGACCAAAACGAAUCUAAUCCUGAGCAGCAGGAACAAAGGAAGGAGCAAGAGCCACAAUUUUCUUCUUGAUAUUUUCUCAUGAAUUAUUUUGCAGUCCGCAUUCAAAAAGACAGCAACUGUUUCCUUUUCAUCAUUAUUUGUCAUUUCAAUUAUUUCCUCCAUCAAUAUUACUCAUGUAAAAUUGGAUCAUACUUUAAAUAUUAUGAAGAAAGAAGGCUGCUAUUGGCAGCACUUUGAUCA